AUGAAAGCCAACUUCUCCCUUGCCACCAUCAGCAAAAACAUUACCAGCAAUCUUCACGUUGGACUUGUGAACAUUUCUAGCAAUGAGUCUACCUUUAAUUGCUCACAUAAGCCAUCAGAUAAGCAUUUAGAUGCAAUUCCUGUUCUUUAUUACAUUAUUUUUGCGGUUGGAUUUCUUGUCAAUACUAUUGUGGUUACACUGUUUUGUUGUCAAAAGGGUCCUAAGAAGGUUUCCAGCAUUUACAUCUUCAAUCUAGCUGUGGCUGACUUACUUCUUUUGGCUACUCUUCCUCUCUGGGCAACCUAUUAUUCUCAUAGAUAUGACUGGCUCUUUGGACCUGUGAUGUGCAAAGUUUUUGGUUCUUUCCUGACCCUGAACAUGUUUGCAAGCAUUUUUUUUAUCACCUGCAUGAGUGUUGAUAGGUACCAAUCUGUCAUCUACCCCUUUCUGUCUCAAAGAAGAAAUCCCUGGCAAGCAUCUUAUAUAGUUCCCCUUGUUUGGUGUAUGGCUUGUCUGUCCUCAUUGCCAACGUUUUAUUUCCGGGAUGUCAGAACCAUUGAAUAUUUAGGGGUGAAUGCUUGCAUAAUGGCUUUCCCACCUGAGAAGUAUGCCCAAUGGUCAGCAGGGAUUGCCUUAAUGAAAAAUAUCCUUGGUUUUAUUAUCCCUUUAAUAUUCAUAGCAACAUGCUAUUUUGGAAUCAGAAAACAUCUACUGAAGACCAAUAGCUAUGGGAAGAAUAGAAUAACUCGUGACCAAGUUCUGAAGAUGGCAGCUGCUGUUGUUCUGGCGUUCAUCAUUUGUUGGCUUCCUUUCCAUGUUCUGACCUUCCUGGAUGCUCUAGCCUGGAUGGGUGUCAUUAAUAGCUGUGAAGUUAUAGCAGUCAUUGACCUGGCACUUCCUUUUGCCAUUCUCCUGGGAUUCACCAACAGCUGCAUUAAUCCCUUUCUGUAUUGUUUUGUUGGAAACAGGUUCCAACAGAAGCUCCGCCGUGUGUUUAGGGUUCCAAUUACUUGGCUCCAAGGCAAGAGAGAGAAUGGGUCAUGUGGAAAAAGCAGUUCCCUUAGAGAAAUGGAGACCUUUGUGUCUUAA